GAGAAGUUUCGCGCAUCUGUUUUAAGGCUGUCCAUGCAACCGGGACGCAUUCAAUGGUCCUUAAGGUAACAUUGACAAAAGCUAGUAGUUGUAAUCAAAGUCCACUCUUUGCGGGGGAGAAGCUUGUGACUGUGUUGGGAUACACUGGUCCAUCCUCUGAAUCAAAUAACCGGACCAGUAGGCUACGGUUGCGGGUCCCGUCGCCGUCCGUCGUGCGGAGUUCUCCAGAGAGCUUCAUACGGCUCACGGCUCAUUGUGGACAACAGUUUUGUGGUCUGCAUGUUUGUGACACUGGGAAAGAAAAGUCUGCUACUUGGAUCAAUUCAGGAUUAGUCGGGACAAGAUGAUCGUGUUUGUGAUUUGCACAAUUCUUCUGAUCAAAGCAGGUGUGGGCGAGGCGUGCGCCAGCGGGCGGCUCACAGAGUCAGGGCAGUGCUGUAGCUCCUGUCCCCCGGGGUCGGAGGUCCAGCAGCCGUGUGGGAAGGAAGACACAACGUGUGCACCGUGCCAGAAGGGAAGCUUCUCCUCGUCAGAUGGCCUGGAGCCCUGCCUGCCCUGCGCCCGCUGUAUGACCGGCAUCUCUCAGCUGGCCCCCUGCUCGGCCAUUCAGGACACACACUGUGACUGCCAGGAAGGCUUCUACCUGUGGCGCCACGGCAGGGAGGGUCUGUGUGCACCGUGCUCCAUGUGUGACCGUGGCAGGGGGGUGAACAGAACCUGUAGACCCAUGUCCGACACGCAGUGCCUGGACUGUCUGCCUGGAAGCUUCUCCGAGGAGCGCAGCCUCACCAAGGCCUGUCAUACGUGCACCAAAUGCCUGGAAGGCGAGGUGGAGAUCCGAGCCUGCCAGUCUAACUCUGACACGCUCUGCAUGGACAAGAAGCUGCUCAUUCUGUCCCGUCCCUCCGCCUCCGACAGUGCUAUUGACGGCACCCGCUGGCCAGUUCUGAUGGAGGAAGGGAGGGCAGGGGCGAAAGGGGUUGCCACAGAGACCCCCGACUACACCCCCCAGGGCGAGUACGGCAGGAGCAACAUCGUCAUCUAUGUGUCUGUCCUGGCUGCUGUGGUGCUGGGUCUGCUUCUGUACGUUGCUUACAAAUGCUGGACAUCUUGUAAACAGAAGAAAGCCCUGUCUAAGGCGCGAGCGGCAGAGCUGGGAGUCUCACCCGAGGGGGAAAAGCUCCACAGUGAUAGUGGUGUGUUCCUGGACUCCCAAAGUCUCCAGGACACUCAGCCCACCAAAGGCAGUAAAAGGGACAGUAAGAACGACAGCCGCCUCUACAUCAACCUGCCGGUCCACAGGAGGGAGGAGGUGGAGCGGCUCCUCCAGGAGGGCCGGGGGUGGAGGCCGCUGGGCGCCGCGCUGGGCUACGAGCCCGAGCAGCUGGACCUGUUCGGGCGGGGCGAGGCGCCGUCCCGCACGCUGCUCUCCAACUGGGGCCAGCAGGAGGGCUCCUACUUGGGGGUGCUGUGCUCGGCGCUGGUGCGCAUCGACAGGCCCGACCUGGUCGCCGUUCUGAACAGCCCGACGCAGGGUGCUUCUGUGGUGUGAGGCCCUGGGCCCCUGGUGAUAGGAGAGUGAGCAGGACAACACCUCACACUUCAUGGGAAUAAAAGGGGAGGCCCUCCGAUACGACACCUCUGUGAUAUUCACACGUUAUCAGGGCUCCUUGCUGGGACACUUGUUAUUUAGUGGGUUAUUUUUUUUAAAGAGGAUGACAAAUUGAGAGUUCCUGUGGCAACUCUCCAUGCCGGCGCCGCCGGCACCUCCCCCCUCCACCACUUAAAGAGAAAUGGAAGUAGCUCUCUUCUUGGUGGUAAGGCGGAUUAUCAGUCUAUGUCAGGGGUCAGCAACCUUUUCAACAUGCAGUGCCAGUUUGACGUUUUCUCAUUAAUGACUGCUCCUUAAUCAACAAUAUAUAAAAAAUUAAGCUGAAUUAUGACACAGCGACCAAAAACAUUUCCAGAAGACCUGGAAUUGUACUAUUUCCAUAUAGUCCACAAUCAUGCAUCAACAUUUUAAAUGUUUUUUUGGUUGUUAUAUUUGCAACAUGGGCUUACAAAUUAUAAUUACAUAUGUCCCAUCUUAAAACAAAAUUUUCAGAAACUCAUUCAAAAACAUAUUUGCACUGUGAGAAAUGUAA